AUGGAAACUAAAAACACAAAGUCUAAGGACAAUGUCGUCGAUAAAAUCACAAAAAAAUACAUAAAAACACCGAUAACCGCCGACAUUUACACCUUAGAACAAAUAAAAAUAACGUUGGACGACUUUUUGGUUGAAUACUGCCGAGAACGGGGGUUCCAAGAGAAGUACCAUCUUACAGAUUUUCAAAAUGUCAUAGGUAUCAUUUCAACAAUUCAGGCCAGUAUAGUUGUAGUUCUCAGUCUGUUUUGUAAGUUUGAAGAUGUAAGAAGAAUGCUAUUUAUGUGUAUUAUCUCCUAUUUUGCAGUUAAUAUAUUCUGCUACAUAGUUUCAUACUUUUUUGGAGGAAAAUUAUCCUUCUAUGAAUUCAGUGUAAUUACAAGAAUAGAUCGAAUGCCAGUAUAUGUUGUACUUUUAUACUGGAAGGACAGAAUGGUUCCUGUAAAAUAUUAUAAAAAUGUCUCAGAGCUGUUUGAUGAAACUGGGGUGUUAGACCAUAUUGAGUUUUUGAAAGACCUGGAGGAAUUGUUUAAAGAGUAA